AUGGAAAGUAUUAAUGCAAAAGGAUUGUAUAAAAUAUCAUCGCUGACUAUAUUACUGCUAAGCUAUAGCGUUGUACAAAAUUGGAAGUCGGCAAAAGCUAAAGAUAUUACAUUGAAUUUAUACCAACGAAAAAUCGUACGGAGAAAUUUGGUCUACCAGGCGAAAAAUAAUACUAACAGCACUGAGCCAUCCGGUGAUUCUUUUUGCAAGGACACACUCUGGACUCUUUAUCGAUCAAGAUGCUAUAGAGUAUAUGACACAUUUGAAUAUUUUUCAUCGGCAAACAAAAUGUGCACUGACAAUGGCGGGACGCUAGCGACAAUACAAGAUCAACAAGAAAACAAAUUAAUAGAAAAGCUUGUAGCUUCAAAUACACGAUACAACGAGGCUUGGAUUGGACUGAGGUACCAGUCCGAAUCGAACGGCUAUGCAUGGAUCGACAAGACUAUAAGCAAAUACACCAACUGGUUAUUUCAAAGACCAAACAACCAAGGAUUGUGUGUACAUAUCAUACCUGGGGGAGUAUGGAGCAAUACUUUAUGCUACAGGAAGCUACAAUUUGUAUGCGAGAAAGCGGAAGUCGUCCCCGUAAAAGAAGAUAACAGAACAAAAAUAAUCAUAAUGGUUACAAUACCACUAUCCUGUGUUGUCAUCAUGCUGAUUUUUAUAUCCUACUUAUGUUUCCGAAGUCACCUCGAAAUGAAGGUGUUGAGAGCAGAGGAGAAGAAGAUUUCGCAACACUUUGUUGAUGUAGUAGCAAAUAACGCAACCGUUGCUGCUCACGACUCAGAUAUUGCGCAACAGUACGAGGGAAAUGACGUUGCAGAGCAGCAGGAUAGCCGGGAGGAGUACAUAGAUAGAUACAAAGAGCGACGAAAGCGAACUUACUCGGCUCCAAAUGGAAAAGAGAAGAUGUAUAAGCAAGUGACCUUUGUGUAAAAACGGGUUUAGACUAGAUUUUUCUAUAUGUUAAUAUUUAAUGAUGUUAAAAAGGUCCAACAGGACCAAAUUCACAACUUGUAGCAAAGGAGAUUUAUAUUGCACAGUAAAAAAGCAGCAAACCGUAUUUCCAAAACGAUGCCUCUGGAUAGAAGCAUGGAACAGGUUUCACAUGACGUAGAACAAAAGAUCUUUCCCAUCCAAAUACCGAUAUCCCUUCCGCUAUUAGAGCUAGCAUUCAUUAAAUUGCCCCUUAAAAGCUCAAGACAUGCUUGCUAACCCAUGUCCGGUCAAUAAAAACCAGAAGUGCAUUAUGACAAAAAAUACAUGACUUUUCUGGAUUUUUAAACACCACAAAAAUACAAAAAACGUUUUUGUAAUAUCAUCUUCAGGAGGUAUCGAAGCUCCUAAAAUACGCCAAUUCAACAAUUUCUGACAAACUCUUUGAAAAAGGACUCUCCUUAAAAGUCCUAUUGGCAAUUUAGAAUGUCUUUAUAACGGGCUAUAAAAGCUUCAGUCUUAAUACAGUGGAACCCCGAUAUAACGAACUCUGAAGAGAACGAGAUAAUAGUUCAUUAUAUCGGGAGUUCGUUAAACCGAGAGAUAACGUUAUUUGGGUCCUUCCGCAGUUCACGCCUAAAAAACAUCCAACUCCAACCUCUGUGCACAUUUAACUCCAAUCUGAUUUAACUCCAAUUUAACUCAUAAAAAACCAAUCUGAAUUCAAAUAAUACAACUACAACUGGCUGGGACCAAGAGAUUGGCAAAGCUGGUAUCACUUCGCUCCUAGUUGGUGCCUGAAUGAUGUCUUAGAUUACUUCAUA